GGAAUACUGGCUAGUCUGCCGUCCGCGCUCCUCUCCCUAUGGGGCGAGGUGUCGCGCCGAUGAUGACAGCGUAGAGGGCGCUGCGGAGAAUCGGCGUGCUGUCAAACCGGUCGCGCCAGCCACGCCGGCCACGCUCCACGCGUAGUUUUGCAGGUAGAAUGGCUGAUAUGGCUGGCGUUUUUGGUCACUUCGUAGAUCUCAACGCAUGAUGUCGGGGAGAAAGCGACAGUCCCGCGACAGCACUUGCUUCGUGCCUGGCUGCAGGAGUGGAUACCGCUCGUGCAAAGAAAAGUUUUCGCUGUUUAGAACUCCACAAGACUCCGCGAGGCUGCAAGAGUGGGCGUGCAAAAUCAAGCGUGAUGACAGAACCCUCGGCGAAGCCAGCGUCGUGUGUGAGAGACACUUUGAGCCCCAGUUCAUCGAACGAACCUUCAAGAACGUCGUCCAAGGGCAAGUCAUUGAGCUACCACGUAGUGUGCCGCAGCUGACGAAGGACGCUGUGCCGAGCGUGUUUCCGGACGCGCCCAAGUACUUCUCGAAGCCAGUGCCUAAAAAAAGAAAGGAACGUAACCUGUGUGAUCAGGUGCCACUGCCACUUGUCAAGAGGCACUGCGUGGAUGUAGAAACGCAACCUGAUGCUGACCUGCCCAUUAGUGAUGCUUCUCGGGACACUGCUCUCAUUCGCGAGUGCCUUGAUCUGCUGCCUGCACCUCCGUGGACUAAGAUCAACCUCGACGGCAACACAGAUCAAAUAACCUUUGCUCAUUGCCAUUUGAGUGAGGAAGGUGCUCUAGGUGUUUUGCACGUGAGCCGUCGCAUUGUGCUUGAUUUUUCUGCGCCACAGGGCUCAACUCCAAAAGCAACAGUCUAUCUUCGUGGAAAGGAAAUCAAAAAUCAAAGUAUAAGCAGCGCAAAUGACGUCAAAGUCUUGUUGCACGAGAUCGGAAGCAUGAAGCUGUGCCCUGGCUAUGGUCUGAAACCUAUGACAAAAACUUUUGUUUGUUUCAAUGGGUGCUACUUUUCAGCAAAAUGCUCUCUGAUUUCUGAAUCGCCCUGCUUGGCGUGCAAGUAUAUGCGUAAACUGAGCCAAAAUGCAGCCUCCAGGAAGAAAAGAAUCAUCAAAGCAAAAAAAUCAGCUUCGAAGAGCCGUGCUUUACGGGUACUGAAGAGGAAAUUGGCAAAAGCACAGAGUGCUGUUGAGAGCAUGAAAAACGAGAACGAGCAGCUGUCGAAAACAGACUUUCAACAAAGGAUGAGUGCUCUGCCUUCGAAACAGCAGCUUGCUGUUACAGCUUGCUUUGAAGCUGCCAGACGUAAGUCGGCAAAGGGCAUGCAGUACACGAACGAGUGGCUUCUUGAAUGCAUAUUAAUGCGCAUGAAGAGUCCGAGACUCUAUGAACACAAUAGACGACACAAGAUACUUGCCCUGCCUGGACGGACGUGCCUGCAAAAGCGGAUUCUUGGUUUCAAAGGCGGCUUCGGUUUUAACCAAAAAAUAUUUGAAGCCCUUUCUGAGAAGACGAAAUGUAUGGACAAGUUUGCAUGCCAUGGAGGCAUUGUGUUUGAUGAGAUGAAGAUUUCAGAGCACUUGGAUGUCAAGUCAACUGGCGACUUAGAGGGAUUCGUUGACCUCGCACAGUUUACUCCAGAAUCACAGAAGGGGCAAGUUUGCGAUCAUGGGAUGGUUGUUCUGUUCCAACCUUUCCAAGGUAAGCGAUUCCAUUCUGCUAUUGCAUUUAUUGUGCUGCAUUGCAGGCGUGAAACAAAACUUUUAUUUAUUGUUUUUUGGCUUCUUUCCUUAGGUCAGUGGACACAGGUCCUUGGUGUGUUUGCUUCACGUGGAAAUGUUAAAGCUGACACCUUGGCCAAAAUCAUUGUCGAGGCAACAAUCCUAUGUGAAAAAGCCGGUCUUUUUGUAGACUUUGUCACCUGCGAUGGAGCGAGCUGGAACAGGUCAAUGUGGAGGAUCUUUGGCAUACGAGGUAAUUCUAGGGAUCAAAUGCACUAUUUUCUGCCUUCACCAGUCACUACAGUGCAGCUAAAGUUGGUUUCUAUUAAUUUAGGUACAGCGAAAGGAACAAGGUGCAAGACCCCACACCCUGUGAGACAAGCGCACCAUCUGCACUUCCUGUCCGAUUUUCCCCACUUGCUAAAAAAUGUGAGGAACGCCUUCAUAGCAAAGGGCUUCAACACUCCAGAGGGUCGCGCACAUAUUCGCCCUAUCCAAGAAGCUUGGAAAAUUGACAGCAAGACUGUUUCUUUGAAAGUAAUGCCUUCCAUUACUCGGGUUCAUGUGAGCCCCAACUCUUUCGAAAAAAUGAGGGUUGCGCCAGCUUUUCAGUUAUUUGGUGACGAAGUCGUCAAAGGACUUUUUCUUUACCGCGCGAAGCUGGAAGCUGCAUGUGGCUCAAUAGAACCAACAGAAAGUUUUGUCAAGAGGAUAAACAAAGUUAUCAGGGUAAUGUCCUCGCGAUUCCCAAAGGCAGCCUUGUACGCUGGCUCGCCAAACUACCAGUUUCUUAAAAAGUUCCUGGAGUACCUGAGAAAGUGGGAAAGCCACGCAAAAUCUACUGUGGGUGGCUUUCUGAGUUCUAGCACAGCAGAAGGGCUACAUGUGACAAUUGAAAGCACGCUACAUCUGCUUGACUACAUCAACACAAUCGGGUUUAAAUAUAUAAUGACAGCGAAUUUGAGCCAGGACAGGCUUGAGAACCUGUUCGGCGUCGUUCGACAGUCAUCUGGUGCAAACGAUCACCCUACUGCUGCCCAGUUCUUAAUCACAGUCAAUGCACUCGCAUUUUACAAUCUAGCCAGGCCACCCAAGUCAGGCAACUGCUCUCCAGAACUGAUCAACUCUCUCAUUUCAAACGUUGGAUCAGAGCUGCACAAGGAGCGAGCGAUAGACAUUUUGGACGGGCUGAUCGACAAAGGAAAGCUUAAUGACGCAGAAGAAGCACUCAGCUCUUGCACGCCGUCAGACCACAGUGCUUACGUAACAGAAAAAAGCAAUGACUUGCUUAUUUACUACAUUGCUGGAUAUGUAGUCAGAAAGACAGUGAACAAGACUUCAUGUGAGGUUUGUGUAUCCUUCCUGCAAACUGACCAGUACACCGCCAUGGAAGAGGAUCAGGCUUCGUCAUUUACAGCCCACUUCGACAAUGGAGGUUUGAUGUACCCAUCUGGCCCCCUUAGGAACCUUAUAACUCUCCUUGAAGAUAGUUUCACAACUUAUUUCAGCUUACACAAGCUCCACUCCAGGAGCAUUAAGGACUUCUUUUCCUUCUUGGUGAAAGUAGAGUUUCCCACAUUAGGUUGUCUAGCACAUGAACACACCAUAACAACAGGUGUAAUAAAGUAUUAUGUACUUCUGCGUUUUCGAUUUUACACGAAGGCGCUCAACAAUGACAGGAUGGCGAAACAGGAGCGUAUGAAGCUACUGAAAGAAAGGAGGCUGAAGUAAGAUGAAAGCGUGUAUUAUAAGUAGGGUUCUGCGUUUUCGGAGUUUAUUCAUUUUUUUUUUCCUCGAAAGUGGGAGUGUUUUUGUUUUAUUUUUCGGGGCUUAAUUUUCUUUUACCGAUUUGGUGUUUUUUGUGUAAAUUGGUUAAGUCAUAACCAAUUUACACAAAAAACACCGAAUCUACAAAAAAAAAUAAAAAAAUAACCCCCCCUCCCAAAAAAAAAAAAAGAUAUUUUGAGAUAAAAAAAAAAAAAUUAACUCCGAAAAGGCAAAACCCUAAUUAUAAGCAAGAGUUUUGUUUGUUGUUGUUGUUUUUUUUCCUGAAGCUACAAAUCAGCUGCUUUAAUGGUGACUCUGUGUUCGUUGUGGUAUGUAGUCUGGAAAAAAGAACAGCCACUGUGUGUCUGUAAUAAACCGUUAGAAACUAUGGUGUGUUUUUACUGGGAUAUUUUUACGAGAACCUGUUAUGUUGCACAGAUAACAGUAAUGCCAGUGCUGUUAAGUGCACUGUACAACUAUAAUUGAUCUCAUCAUAAUGGCAAAAAGUUUUCCACUAGAGCGGCGG